ACUGUAUGUUUUGGAGGGUAUUCGAGCGUGUUUACCUAACGUUUAAGUAGAAGACAGAAAAUUAAACACUCCUACACACCUUCAGUUGUGUUUGUAACAUGUAAGAGUCACGUAAUAUAUAUUUAACGCUUAGUUAAACACAAUGGGACCCGCUGUGUCGGGUGAUGUAUGAUAAAAAAACCCAGGCAUAUGAAUUUUGUUUCGCAGAUUCUAAAAAUAGUGUGAAUAGAUAACGGCAACUCAAACGAAAAACUGCUUUAGUUUUGGAGAGGUAUGUACGCGUGCCUCAAUGCCUCAUUCAAACGAUACUUGCUGAUGCGUUAUUGUGUGUUUAGAUUGACAGUUCAUGUUAAGUGUACUACACCAUCAAGAUAAUUACCAUACAACCACACCUAAUAUCAAUACCUGUUUUUCUGUUUCGUUGAGUCAAAUUUAUCAAGUGUGGAACAUAAUGGGGCUCGAUGUGUCGGUUGACGAAGAUUUGGUUUCGCCGAAUUUUAAAAAUAGUGUCCAUAAGGGAGACUUAAUAUCUAUUUCAAUUUUGGAGAGAAUCAGUACACGUCUGGGUUUUCUGAAAAGUGUAUAGAGGUAUAUCAUCAUUUGUGGCGACACGGCGUGAACAGGAAGGAUGCUGAGCCGCAUUGAGUACGGAAAACAUGUUCUUGAGGGAAGGAAGGAAUCAAGUAAGGGAUGGAUGACAGUUCAAUCAUUGGGAGGUGUCAAACUUGGAAAUUUUGCAUGGAAACGUAAACGACAUAUUUUAAAGAGAAUAUUACCAGCAUUUGCGAAAUAUAGUUAUGAGGCAACACAUGAAACGUUGGAAGAAUAUCUUCAAGGUGAUGAAGGUGGUGUUAAGUUCAAAUUUAGAUGUGAUACUUCUAGCGAGUCAUUACCUACGAAAACCUACGAUAAAAAACAAGGAGUUUAUCUUAAAGUUAUUAGCAGUAUUACAGGGAACGCUGACCAAAGUCAUCAUGCAAAGAUACCAGCUACAGAAUUAACUAUCACCAGAAUCAAUAGAAAAGAUCUAGAAGACAAUCUAAAAUUACGGAAACUUAACAUGGAUUCAUCUUAUAUCAAAGUAAAGAAAAACAAAACGGCUAUCCCCUGUAUCAUCAGUGAAAUCGUUGAAGCCGCCACUUAUGAGGAUCAAGCUGACCAAAUGGCUGUUGUAGAAACAAGGCGACAGAUUGGAGGGGACCUAAAGUUGCAAUCAAAUGUAGUGCCCUCGGAUGUAUUGGACUCUGUUCAGGUGGGCGGUACAUACGAGACAUGUGAAAAGACUGAGGCAGUCAUAAAUGGACUCGUUCUCUACAAGGUGUUACCGCUUGAGGUAGACCCGACUGGACGCAUUGACGCAAAGGAAGACUCUAAAGGGUUCUUAGAGGACAAGGUUGUAGAUGACUCACCAAGCGGAAACUUCUCUAGCACGAUGCCUGAUCCCACGCUCCCAGAAAGCUUCAAUGAGAUAGAAAAACUUCUCCGACCUGUAAUGGAAGACAAAUCUGUGGCUGAUGCAUUUAAAUCCAUUUCUAACGAGGACAUAUAUUACUUAUGUCGUUUGUUUGAAAGGGUGCAAGACUGUCCAGACGACGUAGAAGAGCCCGAUAAAAUGUCCUCAGAAUGCCGCACGAUUUUGCUAUUUGCGAAAUUUCAACCCCAGGAACCGGACAAACUUGUCCUAAAAGAGAGGUUUCAAGAUGACCAUUCCUUCACAAGCUGUUACUACCUAGCCGCUGUGCUGGCCGAGGUCCCUACGCCAGUCCGUCAACUUUUCGACCAGACCACUGUCAACUUAUUUCCUCUGCUCAAAGACAUCCUUCUUGUAAGACCUCUAAAAGAUAUUGAAAUUAACGAUGACAUCUUGAAAUGCAAUGAGGCCAAGGCACUUCUGGAAAGGUUAGAGGUUUGUACAAAAGGGUCUACCGUCGACGCAGCUCCUGCAUCUCAGGCACUGUUGGUGAAUGCCGUCUGGAUAGCCAUGUUGUAUGGCUGGCAUAGUCGUAAAGAACAGCAGUGACUAUCUGAUACAGAGUUUCAGCAGAACUUUGUCAUUCCACAUUGAAGAAAGUGUGUUUGGUUUAUGUUUAAAUUUUACAGCUGAUUCAAGAAAACUUAACAAUUGUUUGAUAUUGACUUUUUUUAAAAUUCUAAACUUGGUGAAAUUGUUGACGAUGCACUUUUAUGAACAACGUAAAUUGUAUAAAUAAGGCUAGUUACAUGAACAGUAUCGCAAUUUAGGAGCCGAGCAUGUCAUUCAAAACUAUGUCAUUAUAUCUUGUCGCUGUUCUUUUAACAGUUUAUACCGAAUUGUUUCUAUCAAUACUCAUGUAUUCUGAAAGGUGGUAUAUCGUAGACUGACGUUAAAUUAUCACCGUAAGCAAAGUCUUUUAAAGAUGCAUGUUUCACUUCCAAAGCUGCAAUUAUGCAUCGGUAAGCUUUUUGACCCGCCAUAUAAUUUAAUAGGAUCAUUUUUUAUUGAUCCACUCUGAAAAAACAAAACAAAAGAAAUCUACAACAAUGUUUGUAUUUAAAUGCAUUGGAGUCGGACUAGGAUUCGAGUCCUGCUUCCACGAUCUGUAAACUUUUGCACUUACCGAACUAAAGAACUGCAUCACUAGAAGUUCCCCGGCCCAGUCGCUCUAAAAGUGAAUCCAAACGAAAUUAAGGCAAGGUAACUGUAUAUAUGAAAAUAACAACAACAAUGGGACUCUCUAAUGUUUUUUCCUCAGUAGAACAGGGAUCUAUAAUUACAAAAAAAAUAGUGCAACGAUCUCAAUACCCACCGUCGAAGAUGAUAAGAAAUAUUUGAUUUCCUUAAUGAACCUCGAAAGAGGUACUAGGGAGGUACGAAAACAAUUAUUUGUUAAUUUGUUUUUAUUUGAUCAUCACAGAGACUUUGGGUGUUUUAUGUAGAUAUAUUCAAUUGUUCAUCUAGUCCAUGCCUUCUUAUGGUAUUGUCAAAGGUUUGCCAUGUGUAACAUAGGAAUUGAGGAACGUUUUUAUAAAGGUGGUGAAUGUACUAGGGAGGUACUCAGAAAACUAUUAUGUCAUUAAUUAUACUUAACCAUCACGAUAUUUUUGUUUCUACAUGUAUAUAUAUAUAUAUAUUAAAUGUGCAGCUAUUUGAUGUUUUUUCUCGAUAUUGUCAAAGGGUAACUAUGUGUAAACAUCAACUGAAGAACGUUGUUAUUACAUUUGUAUGGCUUGUUAUGACAACUCCUUUUAAUAAAGCUUUUUUUUAUACUCUGAC